CCCCGCCCCCAUGACACAAUAGCAGCUCCCUCCAAGAUGGCGGCAGCGACGGCAGACCCGGGAGCUGGGAACCCACAGGCUGGGGACUCCUCCGGCGGGGGCGCUGGGGGCGGGCUGCCGUCCCCCGGGGAGCAGGAGCUGAGCCGGCGCUUGCAGCACCUGUACCCCGCGGUCAACCAGCAAGAGACGCCGCUACCGCGCUCCUGGAGCCCCAAGGACAAAUACAACUACAUUGGUCUCUCCCAGGGCAACCUCCGCGUCCACUACAAAGGUCAUGGCAAAAAUCACAAAGAUGCGGCCUCAGUGCGUGCCACCCACCCCAUACCUGCUGCCUGUGGCAUUUAUUACUUUGAAGUGAAGAUUGUCAGCAAAGGAAGAGAUGGGUACAUGGGAAUAGGACUCUCGGCUCAAGGCGUCAACAUGAACAGACUUCCUGGUUGGGACAAACAUUCCUAUGGUUACCAUGGCGAUGAUGGGCAUUCCUUCUGCUCCUCGGGGACUGGCCAGCCCUAUGGUCCCACAUUCACCACAGGAGAUGUGAUCGGCUGCUGCGUCAACCUCAUCAAUGGCACCUGCUUCUACACCAAGAAUGGCCAUAGUCUUGGUAUAGCCUUCACAGACCUCCCGGCCAACCUCUACCCCACCGUAGGCCUGCAGACACCUGGGGAGAUUGUGGACGCCAACUUUGGGCAGCAGCCCUUCCUGUUUGACAUUGAGGACUACAUGCGGGAGUGGCGUGCCAAGGUCCAGGGCACAGUCCACUGCUUCCCCAUCAGUGCCCGGCUUGGCGAGUGGCAGGCAGUGCUGCAGAACAUGGUCUCAUCUUACCUCGUGCAUCAUGGGUAUUGUGCCACGGCCACGGCUUUUGCUCGAAUGACUGAAACCCCGAUUCAGGAAGAACAGGCAUCCAUAAAGAACAGACAAAAAAUCCAGAAGCUGGUGCUAGAGGGUCGUGUGGGCGAGGCCAUCGAGACCACCCAGCGCUUCUACCCAGGGCUGCUGGAGCACAACCCCAACCUCUUCUUCAUGCUCAAGUGCCGGCAGUUUGUGGAGAUGGUGAAUGGGACGGACAGUGAGGUUCGCAGCUUGAGCUCCCGAAGCCCCAAGUCCCAGGACAGCUACCCUGGCUCCCCCAGCCUCAGCCCCCGACAUGGCCCCAGUAGUUUCCACAUGCACAACACAGGAGCAGACAGUCCCAGCUGUAGCAAUGGCAUCACAUCCACCAAGAGCAAACAGAACCACAGUAAAUAUCCUGCACCCAGCUCCUCAUCCUCGUCCUCUUCCUCCUCGUCCUCCUCCUCCCCAUCCUCCGUCAAUUACUCCGAAUCCAACUCAACAGACUCCACCAAGUCCCAGCCCCACAGCAGUACCAGUAACCAGGAGACCAGCAACUCAUGGCUAGAGCUUGAAAGGAGGCCCAACCAGGCUGCUCCAACCACACCCCCUGGGCCAACUACCACCUCAACCCUUCCCCACAGCGACAGUGAGAUGGAGAUGGAGGCAGAGCACUACCCCAACGGUGUGCUCGGAAGCAUGUCCACGCGCAUUGUUAAUGGUGCCUACAAGCAUGAGGACCUGCAGACAGAUGAGUCCAGCAUGGAUGACGGGCAUCCUCGGCGGCAGCUCUGCGGGGGCAACCAGGCUGCCACAGAAAGGAUCAUUCUGUUUGGCCGCGAGUUGCAGGCAUUGAGUGAGCAGUUGGGCCGGGAGUAUGGCAAGAAUUUGGCCCACACAGAGAUGCUGCAGGAUGCCUUCAGCCUGCUGGCAUACUCAGACCCCUGGAGCUGCCCAGUUGGCCAGCAGCUUGACCCCAUCCAGAGGGAACCUGUGUGUGCUGCCCUCAACAGUGCCAUUUUAGAGUCCCAAAACCUGCCAAAGCAGCCCCCUCUGAUGCUCGCCCUGGGCCAGGCAUCUGAGUGUCUCCGACUCAUGGCCCGAGCAGGCCUAGGAUCUUGCUCCUUUGCCAGAGUUGACGACUACUUGCACUAGCUGACCAUGCUGGCUGGCUCUGGCUGGUCCUCCUCUGGCUGGAGCUGCCCUGCCCUCCAUAGGCACCUGGUGCAGGGACUCGGAAGCCAUGGGUAGAGUCCACUCCUCCUGCCUGGCCUUUCCCCGCUCCCUUUCCUUCCUCCCUCCUUCCUUCUUUCCUUCCUUCCUCCCUCCCUCCCUCUCUCUCUCUCUCUCUCUCUCUCUUCUUCCCGCCCCUUCCUUCCCUCCCUUCCCUUCCUUCCUCUGCCCACGACCCCCCUCAGUCUCUCUCUCCCCUUCACAUGCAGCGGCCUGUGACACAGUAUUGGCUGGUUACUUUCAUGUAGCGCCUUCUAUUUUGAAAGAGGGGUUUUGUUUUGAGGAGGGGUUGGGGUUUUUAAAUUUUUUUUCUCCUGACUGAGCCACCAGUAUUUAUCUCUGGAGAGUUUGUGCUGAGCUGGUUUCUGCUAAUUUAGUGAUGAAGCCUAUCCAAGUUGGUGAUAGCUUAUUAUUUUCAUAAGUAAAAAACAAAUGAGAUUAUAUAUAUAUAUAUAUAUGAAUAUAUAUAUUAAAAAGACAGUAUUUAUCGUAGCAUUAGUGGUCCAGCACCUCUUGGGUGAGGCUGUCCAGGCACCGUGUUUUGAGUCCAACUCAUUAAAAAAGAAUCAUCUCUGUCACCACAGCCAAGUGAUUUACUUUUUUGCUCCCCAUUUUUUGAGCUACAGGCCAAGCUACAGCCUAGGGAACCCAAAUAAGGUUUGGCGGGCCACUUAGUGGGCAUGGUAGGUUGGUUUAUAGCACCCCAAGAGCUGUGGGUCCCUAGGCCCCUGAGACCUGGACAGAGCGGAGAACUAUAGGGCCAAGGGUCCACAGAAGUGAUAACUUGGCCCAGGGCCACACAGCAGAGCUAGAGGGUCCUUGGCCAGCACUCUGUCUACCACUCUACCCCACUUCCCACCGUCUGCCUUGCUCCCCUUUCCACCCUUUUCAAUACUCUACCUUCCCUUGUCAUUAAGAUGGCCAAAUAAUACAUUUACUAAAUUGAUUGCCUGGAAACUACCUGCCUUCAACGUGAAAGCUUCUGUGUGUCAGGCUGCCGGAAAGAAGACUCCAUUCCCAGGACAGAGACCCUUGAGUACCAGGGCUGCUUUCUUCCUGCCUAGAUCUUCACCAUCUCUGCACAGCUCUGAAAGAAUGAAUGCUUUUUGUUGAGAAACCAGUACCUUGUGAAGGCAGGUUCUUGGGCUGCUACUCCAGGGAGUGAAUAGGAUCCUUGGUCCCCUAGGCCAGACUUCACUGCCACUGUGCCAGACAGCUCCCUGCAGCUGGACCCCAGCCACUCUUAGGAAAGACUGUUGGGAGUAUUUGCUGGCCAGAGAUGGGACUCCAUCAGCUUUACAGAUGUCCCGCCAGCUGUUUCAAAUAGAUCCUCAAAGCUGGUGGAGUAAAAAUGGUCUCGCUACCAUUGGGGAAUCAGGAAAGGAAGGGCUAAGAUGGCUGCCAGGACUUGGGUGGCCCAUCUGUGGAGAGGACUGGCUGCUCUGGAGGAGAGGGAGGAAGCCUACGCAGAGGAGCACCAGGAUGGGCUGGAGUUUCCAUAUGUGCUUCACAGUGGGGGGAAGUGCACAAGCCACCCAUGCAAAGAGUAGGGUCAGCCAUGGCAAGGCCAGAAGUUGAACUUUCAGUCUCUGCCUGAAUCUGGGCUGUGCAAGCUCCUGCUCCAUAUUGGUGGACAUGGGAAUGGUUGGUGUGGCCUGAGAUAUUCAUUGCUCACCAGGCCUCCCUGGGCCCACAGUUGGGCAACAAGAAAAAUGAUUGAAUUGGACCAACUGCUGGCCCUGUGCUCUCAGAAUUCUGCCUUGGGAGAUGAUCCUAUAGCUGCUGCUUUUCCUUGGUCGUUGGGGGUGGCAGCCCAUAAACCAUGGUCUGUUGGGAGGCGUUGUCCUGUCUGUAAAGGAAAUUGAUCUCCUGUGCCAGCCUGGGGCUACCUAGCUCCCAAACCCAGAGGUUAGAAACAUCACAGUCUAGCAGGAUUGGGAAUUAAAACCACAGGCUUUUGCAGCUGGAAUGGGGUUCAAUGAACAUCUCCCCUGUUCCUCUCCUGCUACAGAUAACGGAACAGGCCCAAGAGAUUAAGUGACUUGGCUAAAGUCACACAGCAAAUUAAUAGCAGAGCCAGGACUAUCCCUUAUCCCUGUGGGUUGGGCAACACCGUUUAUUUAGUCCUGAAACUGAAUGGCAGAUAAGCCCCAUGAUGGGUUAGGCUGAUGUGCAUGCCCUCCUGCAGUAUCUGAGUAGCUGCUACCUUCAGGGGUGUGUCAGGGAUGAGGAUGGGUGCCUGGGCUUAGGUUGUGGAGUGGCUGAGAGGGGACCCAGGAGGGCUCAGGACAGCUGUGUGCCGCAUGGGGUUGGGUGUCUGCCUGGCUCGCACUCAGUACCCAUGGCCACCUCCCCAUUUUCUGUGCCUUAUCUCACUGUUUCAGCUGAGUCCAAGUUGUUUACUCUGUUCCUCUCCAGAGGGGCUCUCGGUCCCAGUUGGACAGCUCACCUUUGGGACAUAAGCCUUUGCCCCACAAGCCGUGGAGAGGGCCAAAACCAAGCUGCUUGAGCCCAUUCUCUUGCUGAUAGUCCAGGCCUGCCUGCCAGCCAGAGGUGCCCCUUAUGCACACCCAGUCCUACCAGCCUGCUUCCAGGAGCCUAGAGUGGGAAAGGUACCUGGGAAGAGCCCUGGUAAAGGGCUGGACCUGACCCGUGGGGGCAGGAGAAAGACCUGGCUUUGGUUGUCCAGCCCUGGGGAGCAGCCUUUCCUGCUCACUUUCUGCUUGUGGCACCAAAUUGUCACUCAUUCCAGAACGAAAACCAGCAGGGCACUCAUAGCAAGCCAGAACCCCUAUCCCCAUUCACAUGGGUCUGUGGCUGGGUGCAGGCCAUCAAAACAGGGACACCACGAGACAGAAGUGGGGACUGCCUGGUCACCCAGCACCUUCCCACUCCUUAAGCAAGCACAAAGAAGUGAGGCAGAGAACUGUCAGAGCUGAAAGUUCCUUUGGUUGCUCACAACUCAGGUAUGCACGCCGUGUGGCAGCCAGGCAGUGGAGCCCUACUAUACCGCCAGUCUCGUGCACCCAGACCUGUGACCACAUUGUGGCCUCUGGCUGCCUCAGGCAUUUGCCCCUUUGCAUCGGGUUUUCCUCUAUUAGUAACUACAGCUGAAAUAGACACCCUCCACAUUGUGCACGCUGGUUCUGCCUUUGUCCUUGAGAGUUGAUACUUGGCAUUAGCAUGAAACUUGUGGGUGUGGGAGGGUGGAGAGAGAACUCUAACACAAAAUAUCCUAUUAAAAUUGUACUUGAGAUUGAAAAAAAAACCACCUGUUGUAUUUUGACAGAAUUAUUUUUAUUAAAAUACACAUCCAUGAGCA